AAAAAUCACAAAAAGUCCGCAUUUACUCCGGUGAAGUUUUCCAGCAUUGCACAACCCAAGUGUUUUCCCAGCGGGUCUGGUUUUCUUCAUGGAAACAUAUACUAGCCCAGAAAAACUUUCUUACCUGCAGAAUGUAUGUUCCAUUCUGCAAGACAAAGGACCCAAAGGAGCAUACAAAGAUUACUCGGGUCUACCCCCGAUACUGCAGUGGUUUGAUGUGCUGGAAAGUAGUCUGAUUGUAGAUGAUCCUUUCAAGACGAACAUUGGAGCCAGUAACUACACAGUGCUGGUGCCCCACGUGCUACAGUUAUUGCGAUUCUGUUUUCUGACCAGGAGAGAUGUCCCAGCUAUAACACUCCUCAAUCUCCUGGCCGAGGAACCCAAGAAGUUUAUAGACCUCAUAUGGAGGGGUGUAACAGAAUUAGUAUUUCAUAAUCCAGAGCAGUACAAACCGUUCCUAGAUCAACUUGUGAAUCAGUUGAAGCAGCUGGUGGAGAUAAACGCUAAGGAGGUUCUUCUAGACUUCCUCCUGUGUGUGUUACAUCAAGGGCAGAUAACUGAGGCCAAGUAUAUUUUCACCGACAUACCUAAGCAGAAACUCACCACGGUAACUGAGCAUAUGAAGCAGACGGACAUUUUAUGUAAGGCGUAUCAAGGCCUAGUGUUUUACGUGGAAUGGACAGUGGCCAGAAACAAGACCCAGAGACUGAGAGACUUAGGUGACCAGCUGGACGAUGAUGUCAGUGAGAACUUUGAGGACUUUAUGAGAUCCUGUGCUGACAAGGCUCUCAACUUCUUUGAUGUUCUAAAAGACUUAACCGGAGUCUGGGACAUUUUUGUAACAAAGCAAGUGGAGAUGUUGGAGUACUAUGAUAAGCAGGAGGAAGCAGAAGACGUAUUACAAGCGUACAAAGAACAGAACAAGGAAAAUCCAAAUACGCACAAAUACCUGUAUCAAUUCGCAGUCCGCCAUCAGUGGUCAACAUCAUCCAAAAUCAGUCUACUCAAGGAUUUGGCAGUUCAUGUGCCCUCUGACCCCUUGGUGAUUGACCUUUGUGCGAUACUCAUUAAAGAGGACAAGGCGACAGAGGCUGCUCAUUAUCUGUUUAAUCUGCUGGAUGAUGGCAGUUGGCAGUUUGAACUACAACCAUGGAAACUAAUGUCAGAGAUACUGACCUCAGAGGUCAAAAGUCGAAAUGUAAUUGAAGAAUGCAUGGACGACCGGAAGUUGUGGUGGCCCCAAUAUCAUUUCUCAUCGACCUGCAACAGUUCCUCGCAGCUCUGUCUUCACAAAGCUACUUGUUGUCUCAUUCUGGAUCCUAACAAUACCGAGUUUCUCAGGAGAGUAAGGUCUAUGCUUUCUACAGAGGAAGAGGAACAAUUAUCAUCAAUGGAGGAAAGAAUGCAAAGUUUGUCUGGAGUCACAUGACAGGAUUUUACUUCUCUAAUUGGGCAAUCUUUGAUAAAAGAAACACCCAUUGCGAAGAUUUGAUUCAGCAAAACCUGGAAAUACUGUACUAAAAGUCAAGGUGCUGAAUGGAAAUUCAUUGACCGCUUUCAUAAAGGCACUUGAAAUGGUCUGAAAUACGGUAUGGAAGAGGAGAGGAAAUCAAAGUAGUUUACAAAGAAAUGAUUUUGUCUUAUACAGCAUAAAUUGCCCUAGACACUACCUGCACUUAUCCAUUAAACUCUGCAAGACACCAGAACUUUUGACAACUUGGUUAUAGAAUCUGUUAAAUAAAUGUUUGACAAUGUU